GGCCGAAGAGAGCUGCGAUCACUUCCGCUUCUUGCUCCGCGAGAACAUCAUCUGUACAACAAAAUCCGCAAUCUACCCUGCUCUCCGCCAUCACAGAGUACGAGGAUCUUUUUUCCUCCGAAAGUCUCCAGCUUCCGGAUAUGACGAUCGAGGAAUCCAAGGAAUUCUACCAGGAAUACGAAGCGGAAAUUCUCUACAACGCGAGGGCUUUAAGGAAAUUAGAACGGUAUCGGGAAUACGCCAAAGGGUUUCGCCCGCGCACUUUCGACAUGGACCGGGAGGGAGCGCAUUUGCUCUCCUUGACAAAGGAGGAAAUUGAAGAGUUCGAACCGCCGACGGUGAUCAACUUGCAUGCCGCGUUUGACGAGUGCCCUCUGUCCCGGGAGAUCUGCAACUGCGGGUGUUUGCACAACGUGAACGGGUUUCGGGAUAUUGACGAGUAUCCUGAGUAAAAACGUCCCCACACCAGAGUUGUCAUGCAAAUCUGCAUGCUUAAAAUGUUUCUCAUGCGGAGCCCCAUGAGGAGCAUUUUGUAAUGGUGUUUUGAAAUUUGUCAUGCUCCAAUCAGCAUGAGAGACUAGCUCUGCAAUGCUGCUGAACUAGCUCAAACAGCACUACACUACGCGUCCAAAUUUGUCAUGCGAAACAGCCAAAGCUUGUGGAUUUGUCUAGCCGAUUCCCCAUCUUGGCUAUGGGGUGGGUACGUUUUUAGAUAGGAUAAUGAGUUGAUUGAGUUCUGCGAGGAAUGCGACAUGGAAGAUGAUAAAGGUCGAUAUGGGAGUGUCAGGUUUGAAAUCGACAAAGUUGAAAUAAUUUGUCAUGCAUAAAAUGGAUGCCAGUUAGACCUGCAGUUUGUAGUCGGUGCAUGACAAAUUUUCCCGGUCCUGAAAGCGAGUCUGUCAUGCGGUUUAGGGGAAAAGAGCUGCCUUCUGUCAUGCUAGUCAGCAGUCCAACUUUUGACCCUUACCAGGACUAUAAUCUGCCUCCCUUGCGUCCUCUGCAAUAGAGUCACUUUUUGCAUCGCAUUUUAUGCAUUACAAGUUUUUUCAACUUUGUCGAUUUCAACUCUGACACAUCCAUAGUCGAGGAGGCGAAGGUAGAACAUCUUCAAAAGAGGAGCCAUACGUUGAAGAUAUCAACCCCGACGGCAGUACUAUCAGAAGUAUGGGUAGUGGUAGUGGUACGACUUCUAUGAGCACCAACAUGAACAACAAGCAGCUCAUGAACAUCCCUCACGGCAAUUCGGGUGCGAGCAGUGUCGGGGUACUGGAAACCAGUUCCUGUCUGCAACAGCCGAAACUCUCCGCGGAUGAAGAGGUAUGCAAUACAAAUUUCCCGUACAUGUGCAACACGCAUCACAAAUUUCACCAAUUUGGAGCGCAACACUUGUCAUGCUUAACUAGGAUCGAAGCCAAGUUUUGUCAUGCAGAGACCGCAUCUGUACGUCGUGUACGGGAAAUUUACUGUGCAUAGGAGGCCAUGAUGUACAACAAGCAACAGAUGGACCGCUGGAAGACGGAAAAUACGCAUUGCAAAAGUAUCGUACUAGCAUAAAUUGCAUUACAGAUUUCCUGAGUAUGUGAAAUGGAAUUUGUCAUGCUGUUUUAGCUUAGGAAGGAGAUUUGUCAUGCAUAUUCGCAAUUAGUACGAGUGCGAUACUUUUGCACAUGAUAGAAAAGCAGUCGAAACAACUCCAAGACGCGCUCGGCAGCCCGUUUGCGCGGAAGAUGGGAGUGGCGAACUACAAAAGCAGCAGGGAAAAUUAUGCAAACAAGAAGAACUCUUUGGAAAGAAAGGACAUCACCAAGAAUGCUGGAG